AUGGCCUCCUACUUCGGCUUUGCCACACCGCUCGAUCUCGACAUACGCCUCACUGGGGAAGAGGAGCGCAAGACCGUCCAGGUCAAGCAGGACAAGGAACGGAAGGAGGCGUGCUGCGUGUACUAUGAUGGGGAGAGCGUGCAGGGGCAGGUGACGGUGCGGGUGAGGGAUGGAAAAAAAUUGCAGCAUGAUGGGAUCAAGAUCGAAUUCGUGGGGAGUAUUGAGUUGUUCUAUGAUAGGGGAAACCACUCAGAGUUCUUGUCGAUGGCACAAGAACUCGCAUCACCAGGAGAGAUGCGGCAAGCGCAGACAUUCGACUUCAACUUUAAAAAUGUCGAAAAGCAGUACGAGUCCUACCAAGGUAUCAACGUCAAGCUACGAUACUUCAUACGUGUAACAAUCUCCCGCCGCUUGGCUGAUGUUGUCAAGGAAAAAGAGAUCUGGGUACAUUCGUAUCGCAUGCCACCAGACUCGAACAACUCGAUCAAGAUGGAGGUCGGGAUUGAGGACUGCCUGCAUAUAGAGUUCGAGUAUAACAAGUCGAAGUACCAUCUCAAAGACGUUAUCGUCGGCAAGAUCUACUUCCUCCUUGUACGCAUCAAGAUAAAACACAUGGAGCUAUCUAUCAUCCGCCGGGAAACGACAGGUGCUGCACCAAAUCAAUACAAUGAGAGCGAAACGAUCACAAAGUUUGAGAUCAUGGAUGGAGCACCAGUGCGGGGUGAAACGAUCCCAAUUCGGCUUUUCCUUGGCGGCUUCGAGUUAACCCCAACAUUCCGCGACGUCAACAAGAAAUUCUCUACGCGGUACUACCUCAACCUCGUCCUGGUCGACGAGGAGAACAGGCGGUAUUUCAAGCAGCAGGAGAUCACCGUUUUCAGGAUACCGGAAGUGAGUAGGAAUACAUUUUCUGGCAUACAGCUAUGCGCGGUACGAUACAUCAUUCUGACAACGAAAUAG